AUGAAGAUUCUGCAAUUCUCACGCCGGCUAACGUUCCAAGCGUUGCGGAUUCAACCCAAACCGAAAACUGCCCAGAGUGCCUGGAUUCUUUCACGCAUAUAUUUUCUAUGCCCCAUUUCUGGUGGUCAUCCUAUUUCCAACAAGGGAACGGGUAUUUUGGAUUUGAAAAAACCCGAGAAUCAGGGGUCCUUACUGGAAUCAGUAUGUCUACCGCUAAAACGUACUCUGACAACGCUCAUUGUAUUAGAUACUUGGUGCAAAUUCGACGUCAAACAAGUCGACCGCAAUGCCGGAUUCACGUGGUACUCUAUCCACGUCUUCGCCCGAUGGAUUCCCUCCACCAAUCAAACUGUGAUCCUCGCACUCAAUCUGGCUUCACCAGUGAAAGAACGUGUUCUGAAGACACUUAUGAAUCGAGAUCCAACCUGGCUUAGCGAUCCAUUUUGGGUUCACGCACUUUUGGUAGAACAAGUAGCUCGCGCUCAGGAGCCCUCUGUUUGGGCUAUUCGAGACCAUGUCCGAGGAUUGGAGACGGAGGGAAAGCCGGAAGGAAGACCACAGCCUGAUUACAGACGGCUCCAUGACAUUGCUCGGCAUGCAAUUCACGUGAGCGAGACGCUUGAUGUUGCUGUGCAGAAUUUGGAGCAUAUGGUGAUGCAACAUGAGAGCUAUAUGAACACAAAUCCAGAGAAUAUCACUUUUGUCUAUGAAGAUAUUCAUUUGCAUUUGCGAUCUUUUCAGUCCUUCAUUGCUAAUCUGCGGUUCCGAUCUAUGUCGAAUGAAAAGCGACUACAGAAUGAAAUUCAGCUAGCUUUCAAUACUGUGGCUCAGCAUGAUGCGAGUGUCACGCUUGAAAUUGGUCGUGCUACCCAGUUGGAUAGUGCUACUAUGAAAACCAUCGCUUUCGUGACUCUGACAUUUCUCCCUCCAACAUUUAUUUGCGCAAUCUUCAGUAUGUCGUUCUUUGACUUCGGCGGAGACUCUGGUUGGAGUAUGUCUAGCCAGUUUUGGAUUUAUUGGGUCUUCGCCAUACCGACAACACUUGUUACCACUCUCGUAUGGACUUAUUGGCCUGAUAUUUGUCGUAUUUUAUUUUUAAAGACUGGAUGA